GCACUGCCACGACUCAGCAGGCCCUGUCAGCAUUCGAGCACUGCUGACCUUCACGUGCCAGUGUGUUCUAGGGCAGAGCAGGUUCACACGGGUAUCGGCCCGGCUCGGCUUGCGCUUGCUCUCAGAUGCGCGGCCAACCUUCCGCUGUCGUCAACUCACGUCUGCUUCCAAUUCACAUUCCAGCUUGUCGCUAACCAGCGGCGACUCGCACAUGCGCAACAGGCAGCAACUCCUCGACGAACAUUAGUAUCGGCGACGCUCACGCUCCAAGGCUCUGUCAUGAGCGGACAGGCUCACACGCGAGCGGACCUGUCGCGGUAGCACUUGCGGUCUCCUCAACUCGACCACCAUUUCGCCGAACGCAAGGCUCUCACCUCAGCUAGACACUAUCGGCAAGAUGCCGCACGCCACUGCGGACGAGAACGGCGUCCCGAUGGACGAAGAUGCGGCCAUCAACAGUUUCUUGCGCGACCAAGACGGAGGAGGCGUGGACUAUGGCGACAGAGAGUUCGACCAGACCGACAAGGCGGACGAUGCCAUCGACUUCGAAGACAUCAGCGACGACGAUCUGCCAGAAGAGCAGGAGGCCGCGGGUCAGCCAGAAGAAGGCAGGGAGGAUGAGCUUGAAAGCAACCUUUUCAAGCAGGUCGCGGACUACAAUGCGCAAUCAGAACCGCGGCAUACCAACGGCUUCCACGACUCGAGCGAGCCAGAUCUGUUCGGCGAGACUGAGGAGGGUAAUGACCUUUUUGGCGAGCGCAUGUCUUCUUCGCCGGAGGUAGAGCGCCACUCUCAGCACACCAUUGCACAGGUUCGCUCGAGCGGGCUGGCUCUGCCCAAGUCGACACUAGCACUCCCUACGCACACAGGUGCCUAUCCGUCGGCGAACUCCUACUCACAAUUGAGUCCAUCUUCCGCAAGCCCACCACCUUUCGCGGAUCAGGGCUACGCUGGGUUGUCUCCAACCAGCAUGACUUCUGAGGAUGAGGAUGAAGACCUCGAUCCCCAGGUCGCACUGCAGAGGCGACUCUUCAAAGUGUCGAAAAUGAGGGCUACUGGUGAUGAAGCAGAUGAGAACUCAGGAGAAGCCGACAUGGUCACGUUCUAUCAACUGUACCCUGACUAUGAAAAAACGCAAGCACCCCGCUUCGUUCAGCUAUUCCCGCCACGAGCUGUCGAGUACAAAGGCAAGGUUCCGCUCAAGCCUCCAAAGGUGGUCGUCCCAACCAAAUUAUCUCUUGACCUGCUGCACGAUCAAGAGCGAGGCUUCAAGAGCUUAGUCGCCGGGAACAAGUCUGGUCAGGAGAGCACGUUCAACAAUAGCCUCGUGCAGGCCGACGUCAAGCACGCGGCCGACAGCGACAGUGACGAAGAUCUUGCCCUGGACGAAUUCGAGGAUGGUGAGCGCAUUGCGGGGCUCACGAUGCACGAUCUGGCGUUGAUAUGCCAAGACUGGGACAUUCCGAGCCUGAAUUCGGAGGAUGACAGAUCUGUGAGUGACGUCGAAAUGGAUCUUGCAAACGGUGAUUGGGAUGGAGAGGAGCGCAGCCGGCCAUCGAAAAAGCGAAAGCUGGGCGACUUCAAGCCUCGUAGUACCAAUCCUCUACGUGAGCCUCAGCUUCCGUUGGAAGAUCCCGAAAGAACGACUGCAAAACUCGCCAAGGCCGUGGCCCUGGAUCUGAAUGAUCCCAACCUACUCAUCGAUGAGCACGCACCGCAGACAAAGCGAAAGCUCAAGCGCAUGCUUGGCGAUAGCAAGCGUGACAGUGCCUUCAACCGCGAUCUUGCGAAACGCUACAACAUUAGCAAUGACCAUGCAUACGAUCUCUUGAAGGAAAACCAUCAGCAUAAAGUCCGCAGCACUCUCGGCAGUAUGGCUGUCGAACACAGCUUUCCCGCGGCUAAGCUUCAGUUCCCGUUCUACAAAGUCAGCCUGGACACGAAAGCCAAGCGUGCCUUUCACCGGCCUCACCUCGACCUCAGGCAGCAACCUCCAACUCGUGAGCACCGAUUCCACAAAAUCAAGCACAUCAAGAGGAAGCACGUGCGUGGCCGUGACGCCAAAGAAGUCUUCGCGAAAGCCGAAGAUCUUUCUCUUGGUGACUCUGCUUCAAUACUGCUACUGGAAUACUCUGAAGAAGCACCGAUGAUGCUGUCAAAUUUUGGCAUGGGCAACCGCUUGAUCAACUACUAUCGCAAACAGCAUGCCGACGAUCAAGAACGUGGAGAGAAAAAGGAGAUUGGCGAAGCACAAGUCCUCAUGACUCAGGACAAGAGUCCGUUCGCGAAUUUCGGUCACGUCGACAAAGGUGAGACUGUGCCAACGCUGCAGAACGGCAUGUAUCGUGCUCCGAUCUUCAAUCACACACCGAAGCAUACCGACUUCGUCAUUGGUAUCAGCAGCACAUAUGAAGGCGGUGAUCGCUUCUAUCUGCGCAACGUCGAGAACCUCUACACGGUGGGCCAGCAGUUUCCUCUCGCAGAAGUACCUGGACAGCAUUCUCGACGUGUCACCGAUGCUGCCAAGAAGCGACUGCGUGCACUGUCGUAUCGCAUUUACACCAAGUCUUUGACACGUCGAGACAAGGUAUUGGACAACGCGUCAUUGAUGCCGCACUUGCCAGGACACGACAUGCCGCAGACGCGAAGCAAGAUGCGUGAAUUCAUGAAAUACGAGCGCGUCACCAACAAAGGAGAUGGGUCAACAGGGGUGUGGGUACCUCACCCUGGCCAGCCUGUACCAGACGCCGAGACCCUUCGCAGCUGGAUCCGGCCUGAGGAUGUUUGCUUGUUGGACUCUAUGCAAGUCGGUGUGCAGCACCUGACGGAUCUCGGGAUUAACGAAGGCAAGGACGUGGACGAAGACAAGGAUAUUGACGAAGGAGCAAAUAUUGAACUCCAACUCGCACCAUGGCGCGCCACCAAGAACUUCCUCAACGCUUGUCAAAACAAGGCUAUGCUCAAGUUGCACGGAGAUGGCGAUCCGACCGGUCAAGGUCUCGCUUUCAGCUUCGUCAAGACUAGUAUGAAGGGAGGGUUCCAGGCACAAGGUGAAAGUGUUGAGGACCGCCUCGACAAGCAGAAGCGCAAGGAUAACGGAGGGCAUUCAUACAAUGUCCGAAGGCAGCAGGAGCAAUACGACGAGUCCAUCCGACGCAUCUGGGAGUCGCAACGACAGAGCUUAAUGAAGACAGAGGAGAUCUCGGAUGAUGAUAUGGACGACGAACCUGACCGUAGUGCGGAGUAUAACAUAGGGCGUGUCCACACGCCACGCUCAUCGGUGAGUACGCCGGCAGCAUUCGCCGGCCGACACGACGACGACUAUAUGAGUCAGUUUAGUGGACAUAGCGCUGGUCGCGGCGACAAGACUCUGGUCAUCACUCGCAGCCAAGGCCUCGAUCAAUUCGGACAGCCUCUCCCUGACAUCACGGAGACAGUCACCAAUCCAGCAGUCAUACGAGAGUACAGAAAGCGAGUAUUGGAGAGGGAAUAUGCUAACGCGGAUAUCACUAACUAUGUUCCGACCGGUGACGCCGAAAAAGACGAAUUCGCCCGUCAGCACAUUGCCAAAGAACUUGCUCGCAUCCAGCGCAAUGCAGACCGCAGAGAGGCUCGCGAGAAGGCCAAGGCACGAAACGCCUCAGCCACCUCGCCGCCAGCCGCAGCGUCGCCCGCUGCGGACGCCGAAGGCUCUACAUCCGCUGCGAACAACGGAGCCGAGAACGCACCUCAAAAGGGCAAAGGCCGCAGUAAGGAUGGCACAGCACGCAAGUGCGCCAAUUGUGGCCAAGUUGGCCAUAUCAAAACCAACCGCAAGCUCUGUCCUCUGCUGAAUGGAACGAUGAAACCCGAGGACGCUGGCCUGAAUGGAGACAGUACAUUUGGCGCCGUUCCCGCACCGCUGACCUUGUAGAUUUAUAUCACGACGUGGAAGACGUUGGCUCGAAGCGGUAUCGACUGCACCUACGGACCUUGGAUUUGGCAGAGCGAACUGUUAGACAGAUAUCUGCAAAGCUUGAGUAGCCCAUUAUGGCGUGUCGACGCCAGAGCUCUGUAAAUCACUAAUCGAG